CGCUCGCGCCCAACGGCCACCGCCAUUUUCUGCCUCCUUCUUUCCCGCCCGCCCACUUGCCCGAGUGCCGGGCGGAUUGAAUGAGCGGCCGUUCGUCGCCGCCGCCGCUACAGCCGCCGCCAUGUCGGCCACCCCUCGCAGCUCCAGCCUCCCGCCCGGCUCUUCGACGCCGCUCUCCCCGACGCGCAUCUCGCGGCUGCAGGAGAAGGAAGAGCUGAGGCAACUCAAUGACCGCCUGGCCCACUACAUCGAGCGCGUGCGCGCCCUCGAGUUCGAGAACGACCGCCUGCUGCUGCGCGUCUCCGAAAAGGAGGAGGUGGUCACGCGCGAGGUGACUGGAAUCAAGGCCCUCUAUGAGUCGGAGUUGGCAGAUGCCCGUCGAGUUCUGGAUGAGACAGCAAGAGAGAGGGCGAAGCUUCAGAUCGAAAUAGGAAAACUGAGAUCCGAGCUUGAUGAACUCAACAAGAGCUAUAAAAAGAAAGAUGGCGAGUGGUCCACAUCUCAGGGUCGCAUCAAAGAGCUUGAAGUCCUCUUCCAUAGAAGCGAAGCAGAGCUCACGACCACCCUGACUGACAAGCGCAACCUGGAGGCCGAGUUGGCGGAUUUGCGUUCCCAGCUGGCUAAGUCCGAAGACGCCCACGCGGUGGCCAAGAAGCAGCUGGAGAAGGAGACGCUGAUGAGGGUGGACAUGGAGAAUCGCUGCCAGAGCCUGCAGGAGGAGCUUGACUUCAGGAAGAGCAUUUUCGAUGAGGAAGUGAGGGAGACCCAGAAGCGGCACGAGCGCCACCUGGUAGAAGUGGACAGCGGCCAAAAGUAUGAGUACCAGUCCAAGAUGGCCCAGGCCCUGGAGGAUUUGCGCGGCCAGCACGAAGAGCAGGUCCGACUCUACAAGCUGGAGUUGGAGCAGACCUACCAGGCCAAGCUGGAGAAUGCCAAGCUCUGCUCUGAUCAAAACGACAAGGCUGCCAGUGCUGCCCGGGAGGAGCUGAAGGAGGCUCGCAUGAGGAUAGAGUCCCUCAGCUACCAGCUCUCUGGGCUACAAAAGCAGGCUAAUGUUGCCGAAGAACGGAUCCGGGAGCUGGAAGAGCUGAUGGCCAACGAGCGAGAGAAAUUCAGGAAGAUGCUGGAUGCCAAGGAGAGGGAGAUGACGGAAAUGCGAGACCAGAUGCAGCAGCAGCUCUUGGAGUACCAGGAGCUCCUGGACGUCAAGCUGGCCCUGGACAUGGAGAUCAGUGCUUACCGGAAGCUCCUGGAAGGAGAAGAGGAGAGGUUGAAGCUGUCCCCCAGCCCUCAGUCCCACAUCACCGUCUCCCGGGCCACCUCCAGCAGCAGCAGCAGCACCCCCAUGGGUCGCCCCUCCCGAGGGAAGCGCAAGCGGAUUGAGGCGGAGGAGAUUUCCCGCAGCAGCUCCAGCGGGAUUGGGACCGGGAGCACCAGCAGCACUGCCAGCAGCGCCUUCCAGGUGUCCCAGCAGGCCUCGGCCAAAGGGAGCAUCAGCAUCGAGGACGUAGACUUGGAAGGGAAGUACGUCCAGCUGAAGAACCGCUCGGACAAGGACCAGUCUCUUGGCAACUGGAGACUGAAGAGAAGGAUUGGAGAUGGCGAAGAGAUUGCUUACAAGUUUACUCCAAAGUAUGUCCUCAGGGCUGGGCAGACUGUCACGAUCUGGGCUGCUGAUGCUGGAGUGGCCCACAGUCCGCCAUCGGUCCUUGUGUGGAAGAGCCAGGGGAGCUGGGGCACUGGAGCCAACAUCCGCACUUACCUGGUGAACUCUGAUGGAGAGGAAGUAGCCGUGAGGAGCUUGACACAGUCCAGUGUUCUUCGGGAGAAUGAGGAGGAAGAAGACGAGGCAGAGUUUGGGGAGGAAGACCUCUUCCACCAGCAGGGGGAUCCCAAAACGACCUCUAGAGGAUGCGCAGUCAUGUGAAAGGAAAGAUCUUUGCUGUUCUUCUUCUUUCCUUUCCCCCUUUUUUUUGUUUCAUUUUGUUGAUUUUGUCCAGAGCCACUGAAUACUAUUUUUAUAUGUCACUAGAGUUUUGUUUUUUUUAAAGAAUCGAUUCUGCGGUCUUAAUUUUUAAAGGAAGUGUUCAUUUGGCCAGAACGGUCAUGGUUUCCUGGGCUUUUUCUUCAUCUCUCCCCGGUACCCCAGUGCUGCAAGAUUUCCCAUUUUUUAAAAAAGACCUUCGCAUUUGACCUAGGAGCCAGAAGGUCCCAUAAGUGCACGUUCAUGCUGUCGCGACUUAACCCCAACAUGGCUUCAGAAUCCUUGGCAAUGAAUGGAGGCUUCAGCAUUUCCUGCCUCCAUUUGAAGGUUUCUGCACCUGCCGCUCUUGUGCUCUGUUGAGCUACGUGUACCUAAAGUGUGCAGUGUGGUCAGGCACUUUUGCUGGAUUGUACCCAGGGUCUGUCGGUUUCAGCAUUCCACCUCUCUAGCUGUAGCCGGCCAGAUGCUGUGUGAGGAAGAGAUCAACUAAUGCUGCAGAAUUGGAAUGUUUAUAAGAUAAGCAGGUGGGUCUUCUUCCCUAAGGCACAGCUGUUGCUUUUUGUUGGUGCCCUCAUCCUGCAACGCUGGUCGAAGAUGUCUUAGUUCCUCAACAGGUAAAUCCUGAUACUUGUGUCUUACCCAGAAGGACAUGCUUGUGUGUCUAGCUCAGGCCCGAAUAGAUUCUCUUGACAAAAACCAACAAUAUAUAUCAAUUGUUAGCUGUUGAAUAACUGCUGCACUUGACCAGCCCAGCAACUUUCAUGAUUCUGGAUACCUCCCCGCCGCCUCUGCUUCUAACCACCAUGUUCCUCUAGUGCUGCCUUUGCCAUUGGUGGAUAAAGCAGCAGAUGAAUGCAUGGGGAGGGGGGACACACACUGUAUCCCAUGGUUGUAACUGUGUCCCUUGCCCUUGCAUACCGCUGCAGAUGCGCACUUUGGCAGGUUUACCCGGCUGUAGGGCUACAGUUCGCUUUAAGCAGGCGCUCCCGGACUGGACGCAGAUUGAAUGUCUCAAAAAUCAUGCACCAACGUGGGUGUUGAAACAUGCUUGACGUGGAAUUCUCGAACGCAUUUUUCCUUGCAAGAAGGGUUAUGGGGACCUUCACUCUGGGCAGGUCCUCCCCAUGCCCCUGAAUUCACAGGGAAUGCAGCUUGGAAGCGUAAGCUUUUAGACCUGUUUGUAAAAUUCUGUGCAUCAUCUUAGCACGACAGUUAACGCUGUGCCGCUUGCAAGAAAGGAAGGAAAAACAAAGCUGGCGUUUGAAACCAAGAUUUAGCGAAAAAUAAUCCUGCGCUGAAAUUCAGUCUGCCAACGCUGACACCUGAUUGUUUUUAGCUGAAAAAAAUCCCACCAGGCCACUGAAGUCAGUCCCGCCAAAUCUGAAUCUUGCAAAUUCUGAUAGGAAAGACACUGAAAUUCUCAUCCCUGCUUUAGUUGUGUGCUCUUUAGUUGAACAAAACUGAAAUCACCGUCUGUUCCUGUGGGGACGGAUGGUUGAAGUUUUAAUUUAUUGCAGUUUACCAGUUGGCAGAAAGAUCCUGAGCUUUGUGCCUGGCAUCUCCCCUUUUCUUUUUGGACACUUGGCAUCAAAGCUCGCUCAGGGCCGCUUCUGGUUGCUACUGCUUUUUUAAAAAAAAAAACCUUUGUGCAAAAGUCAUAGCAUGGGAACUGUGCUUCAUGCACGUGGACAUCACUCUUGGCCCAACAUCCCAUCAUCCACUGGCUCUCGACUGCCUCUGCAGAACGGCGUGGCGGUACAUCAGAUCUGUGAUGGUGGUUUUCAGAACACUGAAAGUCAUCCUGUGAUUUUUUCAGUCAGGGGUAAGCGUGCCUUGUUGAAAGGACCGUCAGAGAAGCGGGUUUCCAGAGAGCUAGUUAAUUGGGCCAGUAGAACUUUUAACAGGAUGUAAAACAUGCAGGCAGACCAGAGGCAGUGACUUUUGCUUUAUAGUGAUGUAAAUGGAACAGAGCCCUGCCCUGUUAAUUUGACUCCCAUGUGAUACUGACCACGCUGCUUCUGUGUCCGGCUUGCUGCACAGUGUGGCUGAGGUAGUGGGGGGGGGGCGGGGGGGUUGGUGACGGCUGGAUAUUACGAUCACAGAACAUUUAGAUCGACUAAGAAUGACCUAGCUACUUCUUAAGGGCUUAGCUGCAGGGUGGGCUGGGCGGGAACGAAUGUCUCUUGGAAAUGACAUGUUGACCUUUUAUAUUUUAAAAGAAGAUAUUGAAGGUCCCGAUAUGAUUUCCACUCACACUUCAAUGCCGCCCGAUGGGUUGAUGACUACCAAUGUUGAAUUCUGUGUUUAGAUUUAGAGACUCUGAUGACAUUUCUUCUUUUAUGAGCCAUUUGUGCAAAAGAUCUGGAACAAAAGUCAGUCACUUUUGUCUCUCCCAUAUAUAAUCUUCCCACUCAGCUGGAAUAGUUGGCUGAAAAUGUAGUUGAACAUGCUUAUCCUUUUAACUUAAAAAUUGUGCUUCUCAGGCAAACCCAAAAACUGCUUCGCCUACCUCUUUACAGCCUGCCACAGGCCGGCACAGGGGGGAGGCUGCUUUUCCUGGGUUGUUCUUAACCAUUGGCUCCCCCCUUCCUCUCUGAGCCUUAUCUACUACAAGAUUUAUAGAGGCUUGACGUCCUUGACUCUGGCCAGUCAUUCCCAUGCUCCUGUGAUUUUCUUAAAAUUGCCCUGAAGAUGUGAAUGUGCCAUUCAGUGCAAACAUACUACUUAAAAUAGGCUGAGUUAAGCAGGCAGCUGAGCAAAUGCGGUCUGAGCCAUUCCCCAUCCCUCGAGCUGGCAUCUCCAAGAUGCUUGACUCUGUUUUGUGGAUCUACCUCCCAAGAUUAUGCCCUCCCCUACUGUCUCCAUCGUAAUUCGUGCAGAUUCUCUGUUUGAGAAUGGGGAAGAGGACCUCUGGAGACAUGUAUAUAAUCUGCUGUCAUUUCUUAAAGCUUUUGUUGCAGAAUAGUUUUACUUUUAUUGACCCUGGAGAAGUCAUUAGCUGAAAAAAGGGGAAGCCACCUCAUGUGGGUCUCGGGAUGCUUGUAGGGCUGCUGAGACCAAGAUGAUUCAAGAUCCAAUCCAAAACUAUAAAAGUGUGUCUUAGGCUGUGUGGGCCCACAGGGUGGGGUGGCCCCCUGGAAUUCUGUCCCUGUAAUAUCUUCCCCCCUUUCUGUGUGUUGGGUCUCCAUGCAUUAUAAGGGACAAGACUUAAAUCAAGCUGAAAUCAGGAGCCUUGCUCACAAGUUGUCAUAAACAUACGGUGCAUGGACAGCAUACACUUUACUUUAUACAUGUGCUGAGUAAUUCCCAUGUUCAGCACAUAGCCGCAAGCCAUGCAUUUAUGCAGGCGCUGGUCCUCAGUUUAAUUUAUCAGGUGAACGUGCAUUGGUUCUCUCUUACAAGCUGGUGUAUGCCUGUUCAUUCAGGAUGUAUUUGGGUGCACUGCUGUCCAGCGCUUUGCAUUCUUAAACCUUUUCCAUUCAGAAAGCUUAUGUUUGAUGUUUCGUACCGUAAGAUGUCUACCUGGGUUUACUGGAUCCCAUUACCUCUUCAGUUAAAUUGCAGCUGUGCUGGCGUUUUCACUGUUGGGAUCCUGCAGCUAAGCUCGCGUUCCCAUGACUUUCUGAGCCAGAAGUCUCAAAUUAACAUUAGUUCUUCAACCCUGGCCAGGAUUUGUUUCUGCCCUCCCCUCUGUUCUACCAUGAACAUAGCAUGUCCUCCAGUGCUACUUUAAAUAAAGCCAAGUGCUGCUGUCGUCCCCCAGCCCACCUCCCCAAACACACACAAACACUAUAGUCUUGUAGGGGAAUCACUGGGUCCAUCUGAAAGCAUGCAGUUUUUAAGGGCUGGUGCUGCCACGGAAUGUACAGUGUAUAGCUGAGAAAGAAAGGCCUUUGGCUGUGAUCUGUAUAGUGUUCUCCCCCUGUUUCCUUUCAAGCAGCCCACCAUGCAGCGAGGUAACCUCUUCCCCUGUCUCGGCCUGCCACCAAAAUAAGGGAGUAGGAGCCAAUAGCUGAAUAGGAAAGUGAGUCUUCUCUCCGCCUGUUUUUUUUGUUCCUUUUAAUCUCAAAUUUAAGUGGGCUACUUUUCUUGCCAGUACAAGACCUAAGUUGAAAUAGAUCCGGGGGAGGAGGGGGGACAGCAGGUUUGUUUUUGGGUGUGACCUGAGAAGCAGAAUUUUCUUUGCCCUUUGAAAUAUGCCUAGCUUUACAUCUUUUUUAUGUACAUUUUUUCCUAUGUAUGAUUUACAUGUAAAGGUAAAAAUGCCUUGUUGAAACGUGGAAGUCUAGAGAGCACACUGCCGAUCGAUGCACAAAGCACCGGACUCCCGUUGGUUGAGGCUGCGCAUACACAACCCCACCCCACAAUUCAUCUUCCUGUUGACGCCUAAGAUGGAAGGUUUGUUCCACUACUGCCAUAUCCAGGUUCUGGGUGUGACCCAUGAAGGCAACCCUUAUUCACUGUAAAUCCGUGUUUUGCGGGAAUCCCACGCACUGUGGAUGAAGGGAAAUGAGUGGCAAAGCCAUGCUGCUCAGACCCUCAUUUUGCAAGAGAAACACAGCUUCGCUCUUGAGUUACACUAAGUUUACAAAGCAAUAAGCUCUGUGGGAGGAGGAGGAAGAUUGUGACACAUUUUGUACUCAAUCUUCUCCUGUUGCAAGUAUACUUUUGUGUAUAUGAUGCAUUUUUCACUAAUUUUUUUAAAAGCAAAGGCUAUAUUUUCACUAAUUUUUUAAAAGCAAAGGCUAUGGUUUGGACGCUUGCAUGGCCUUUGGUUACCUUAAUUCGCCAUCUGAAAACAUGUUGGAAAGGGCUCAGCGCCACAAAGCAAGCUGGCUACCGCACGGGUCUGUGAGAACGCGCAAUCUAGACUUCUCCAUUUCACCAGGGUGUUUUUUAAAAAAAAAACUUUAUGAAUAUGCAUGCCAAAUGUCUUGUAUUUUUAAAAAAAUGAUUUGUAAUUUACAUUUUAUGACUGGAAGCCUUUUUGUACAACACACACCAAUAAAUGUUUUGCAUUUUA